AUGGCACGUCAGAAACAAUCGGCUCCCAUGCAACGGGCAACCUCGUCGGAGGUCAUGCAUACACUCCACGAUGACUCGAGCGCACCACUGAAGCGAAAUGGCCGUACAACACCCGAGGAUAACAACUCGUCAGACGCUCCUGGGUUGACACAACUUGCGAUCUGCGUGCUGGGGAUCUAUGCUUCCUUUCUCUCGUGGGGCGUGCUUCAAGAGAAGAUCACCACUUUCUCCUAUGCCGUGCGCCCUCCCACCGCAGCAGAGCCCAAGCCUCCCACGGAGCGCUUCACCUUCUCCAUCGUGUUGAACACCAUCCAGUCGUCCUUCGCUGCCAUCACAGGCUUGCUCUACCUGUUCUUCUCGACUCCCGCCGGCCAGAAGAUGCCGUCCACCUUCCCCACGCGAAAGAUCCUUUUCCCACUGCUUCUCGUCAGCAUCUCCUCGUCGCUCGCUUCCCCCUUUGGAUACGCCAGUCUAGCGCAUAUCGACUACCUGACCUUUAUCCUUGCCAAAUCCUGCAAGCUCCUCCCUGUCAUGUUCCUGCACCUGACCAUCUUCCGCAAACGCUACCCCCUGUAUAAGUACGGUGUGGUGCUGCUAGUCACCCUCGGAGUCGCUACCUUCACCCUGCACCACCCAGGGAACAGCAAGAAGGUCGCCGAAAAGGGUUCCUCCGGGUCGUCGAUGUGGGGGAUCUUUCUGCUCUCGAUCAACCUGCUUCUGGACGGCCUCACCAACACCACCCAGGACCACGUCUUCAGCUCCCCGCAGCAAUACACGCGCUUCACCGGUCCGCAGAUGAUGGUGGCGCAGAAUGUGCUUUCCACGGCGCUCACCUCCCUCUACCUCGUGCUCAUGCCGCAUCUGUCCUCUACCGGCCUGCUGCAUAACCUGCUACCCUUCCCCAUACCCCCGUCCACGGAGACAGAGUUGACCUCCGCCGUGUCCUUCCUGUCGCGCCACCCGGAAGCCCUCCAGAUCGUGAUCGGCUUCGCGGCCUGCGGCGCCGUCGGCCAGCUGUUCAUCUUCUACACACUAUCUCGCUUCUCAUCCCUGCUCCUGGUCACCGUCACCGUCACGCGCAAGAUGCUCACCAUGCUCCUGAGCGUGUUCUGGUUCGGACACUCGCUGUCGCCCGGCCAAUGGCUCGGCGUCGUGCUUGUGUUCGGUGGCGUGGGCGCCGAAGCCGUAGUGCAACGACAGGAGAAGAAGGCCAAAGAACUGGCCAAGAAGAAGCAGUAA